AUGCAAACACUGAAUUUAGUUCGAGAAUUUGAGAUGCAGAGGAUAAAAGAUUCAGAAACGAUCAAAGACUAUGUAGACAAGCUCCUCAUCAUUGCAAAUAAAAUAAGGCUUCUUGGUACUGAUCUCUCCGAUUCUAGAAUUGUCCAAAAAAUUCUUGUAACAAUUCCUGAAAAAUAUGAGGCCACAAUCACUUCCCUCGAAAACUCAAGAGAUUUAUCAAGCAUCACUUUGGCAGAAUUGUUGAGUGCACUUCAGGCUCAAGAACGAGGAAGACUUAUGAGACAACAAUGUUCCAUUGAAGGAGCUUUGCUAGUCAAAUCUCAAAAUAAUAAUUAUGGUAGCAAGAACAAGAAGAACAAGCCAUGGAGUUUCAGCAAUAAUAAUGACAACAAAACUUCUUAA